GAGUAGCGUGAGAACUUGUAUUUUUAGACAUGAGUAAUGUUUUGACUGAGUAAAAGGUGAAGUCCCAGUUUUAUAAUCACCCAUGUUCUAAAAUGGCGUCGUCCGAAACUGGAAUGACAUCUGAACAGGAGAUGACAGACACAGCGGAAGAGGGGGAGACAGCCAUGGACACCAGUGAAACCCACUCUCCUUUCCAUCACUCUGAGGACUCCAACUCCACAAACAACGAGACGGAAGAGACUGAGAGUGCUGUAUCGACAGAUCGGGAGAACUCCUUGACUCACACCCCUACAGCAGGCCUUAUGUCAUUGCACUCCACCCCAGUCAAGAAGGACGGGACACCAGGUACAGGCUCGGGCUUCCCUCUACGCCCUGGGAUUGCCUGGAGGAAGGGGGAGAGGGUCGAGGCAAUGGAUUUCCUAAAUAACUGGUACCCAGCUAAGAUCAUGGACAUUGAUGAAGAUGACAAGACUGUGCUGAUCCACUUCGAGGGGUGGAACCAGAGGUAUGAUGAGUGGACUGUCAUGACGAGCGAAGGAAUCCGACCUCUCACGCGACAUUCGGAACGGAAAGAACGAGGCAGGAAGAAGAUGAGAGAAUUCCGAGUAGGAGAAAAGAUCCUGGCCAAAUGGAGUGACUGCAAGAUGUACCCGGCAAAGAUCAGCAACAUCAAUCGUAAUGGCAACAUGGAAGUGGUUUUCUAUGAUGGUUUUCAAAAGACAGUUCAGCCAAUAAACGUGAAGCCGUUCUCCGAUAAACAUCAGGGCAAAAUAGCCACAUUACCUAAGGAGGUGCGGAGAGGGCGUCGCUCCAGUGAAGGUCGCAAGCAAAGUGCAGAAAGGGUGCGAUCAACUAGUCAAGAUAGCAAGGACAAAGGUGAGAAGGGUGGACUUGCUGAAAGACGCCGGAAGCACAAGUUGAUUGUCGCUGGAUCCUUCUUGGCAAAGAGGGAGAGGUCAGCCAGUGCACCAGGACUGGUUACUAAACCAAGGCAACAGAAGACUGAAGUCAAAGUGAACAGAAGGAAAGGUUUUGGUAUGAAAACCAGCCCUAGGAAGGGGUUCAAUGUGAAGACAAGUCCGGUUCCCACUAAGUCGUACACGCCACGUGUGAGUCCCUUGCAGGCCAAAAGAGACACGUCUGCUGCAGGAGAAACUCCUGAAGUAAAAACUGAAAAGCGGGGCAAGAAGCGGGCGCUUUCUCUGCCGGCCGAGGAGGCCAGCCUCAGUUUGACUCACACUCGAGAUCAUCCCCACACACCCUCGUCAGCCCCAGCAGUACCAGCCAAGAGGGCCAAGUCUACCGAGAAGGAUAAAUCUGGAGGCCUCGCCCCCAAGGAGUUUGUGAUACAGCCAGAUCACAACCUGUUCAAGUGUAUGAUCCCUGGCUGUGCCAAGAGUUUCCGCAAGGAGAGCCUGCUGGACUACCACUUCAAGUACUACCACACUGAGGAGCCACGCACUCCGCAACCACCAGCAUCCAGGACCAAGAGGCGCAAGACCUCCAGCAUAUGUUCCACUGACAGUGACAUAUCAGUGUCCUCUAAGGGGAAGACAACUCCGGGUGAAACUAAUUCAGCGAAACGCAAACGCCACAUCUCGUCUGCCAGUGAUGUUCUCAAAGAAGAACCUGUAGCUGAAGUCAAGAAAGAGGAAGUCAUUGAAGUAGAGGAAGAGAAGGUUGCCAUGGCAACACCUUUGACCCCCGCAACUCCAGUGACUCCAGGCCCAGCAGAAGUGGGAAAGUCUGCAGCAGCUGACACCAGUGUAAUGGAGGAGGCGUCACUACAGGAAACGGAGGACGAGGCUAUAUCAGAGGAGGUGGUCAACUGCGUGUGUGGCUACGAUGAAGAAAACGGGUUGAUGAUACAGUGUGAUGUGUGCCUGUGCUGGCAACAUGCAAGCUGUUUCAGCAUCAAGUAUGAGUCCCUGCCAUCGAAAUACAUCUGCUUUGUGUGUGAGAACCCACCAGGUAAGGCACAUGGAGUUCGUGACAGUCGUCGUUACAUCCAUGACCAGGACUGGUGCAAGACUGGGCAUCUGAAAACAUUCAGCUUCUUGGAUGUCAAACAGUCCGAUGACAACUCGGAAACUGUGAAGGCCACCAACAGCCUCAUCGGGGACAUCCUCAAUGUGAAGUCAGCGCUGCACUCUCUCAAACAGGAGAUUCAUGUCACAGGCAGUGAAAAUCACCCUGAGAUGCGCACCUGGAGACGAGUUUGUGAAGAAAAAAGAAAGAAAGAAAGAGUUGCAGCAGCUGCAACGACAACUACAGCUUCAUAUACUACCGAAGCUACAGCAACAACGACAGUGACCCAGUCUGUUACCAUGGACCCAUUGACCACCAAUGCCCCAGCUGUGUCUGAGUCUGAGUCGGACAGCACGAAACAAGAAGUUUCAAAGGAGACUACUGAUGAGAGUCAAGAUACAUCAACUGUUGUAACAUUUUCCCUCGAUACUGACACAGCUGGAAAGGAGAAGCCUAAUAUUCCAGAGCAGGAAAGUCCUCUGUCAAAGUCCAUGGGUUGUCAGGCUUCAUUAGAUCUAUCCGGGAGUAGUCUAGAUCGAUCAGAUGAAAAAUCCGUCGACAUAUCUAUGGCUGACAAUGACAGUGAUACAUCCACCAUGACUGCUUCAGAGUCAUCUGUAAGCUACAUGAGUUGUCUCCCUUCAGGAACGUCUGCUUCUUUAGCAGAUGACAGCCAGAUAGUGCCAUCUAGUGACAAUUUGGACAAAUCUGACAUAGCCAGUGAAGUAAAAAUGGAACACUUUAAAGUCAAAGUUGAGCUGCCGGAGUCUGAGAAGGAAGAUGCUCUGGAUGAGGAAGUUGAGUUUGUGGAGUGUGAGCGUGCCCUCCUGCUGCACAUUGUCAGGGUCCAGGCUGGGCUUAACGACCGUCUCGACCUGAUAGAGGAUCAGAUAGAAGCCCUCGAGAAGGCGGAUUCUUCCCAGCGUGCACCACAGCCAUCUUCUCAGCCGAACCAGGCACAGACCACUCCAACACAACCUAAGUCCAUCCUGGGGGAUGUACCCAUUCUCAAGAAAUCUCUUCAUUCUCUCAUCCGGGACCUAGGCAAGGUGAAGUCCAUGGCAGCCUACCAUUAAGUACAGGGAGCCCGCUGGUUCGUCCAGGUCCUCUCACUCAGCACAAGCACCUGUCCUCGUAGUGGCAGUUGAUGAAGGAGAAAAAAUAAACACUGGCAUAACCAGGACGUUGAAAGUGUUAUUUGUUACCUGUCACUUAGCAAUGUGUGUCUUUGUUGAACAUACUUCAGUGCUUUAUUAUCGAAACUGUUUUCAGUUUAAUUUCAUCCUCAGCACAAGAUGCUUUGUGACUUUUGUACAUAAAAUAAAUAUCAAAACAGUU